AUUUUUUAUUUUAAGUUAACAUCCAAUUCUUAUCAUAAAAGAAACCUCCACUUGACAGAUCACUAAUUUCAGAACGUUUCAGUGACAUUAUCUCAAAUGGUGACAUUUCAAAAAUAAACAAGCGUCAGCCUGUGGUCGCUGUAAUUUGUCAUGUAAACAUUAAAUUGAUAAAACAAAAUUAUUAAUAAAUACGGUACGCUGUUAUAAAAAUACAGUAAAAUGACCUAAAAAUGGUAUAAGCAGCCUAAAACUAGGCUAAAGUUUUUUAAAAAAUUCAAUAAUAUUAAAACAUGGAUUAACCUCCAUUAACAAUGAGAUUUAAAAAUUUUUUAUUCAACUUUUUACUCGUUAAUACAACAAUUAUUGGAGAUUACGUAGUUUUCAAUUCAAAAUAUUCUGAUAGCCAAUUAUUCCGAGCAAUAGCGGACAGCAUAGUGCAUGCAUCAAUAGGAUUUCUGUCAUCAUUGAUUUAUUUUACAUAUAACCACAAUACGAGCGUUCCUAUUCACAUAAACGUUUUCAUUUGCACUUUUGUAUCUUCAUUUAUCGACGUCGACCAUUUUAUUGCCGCCAAAUCAAUUUACUUAAAGGAUGCUCUGAAUUUGAACCGCCGAGGUACCUUGCACUGUACCACCCUGUGGAUACUCAUUACACUACCCUUGCUUCUGUACAGCAUCAUAAUGAGACAUCUGAAUAUCUACACGACAACAUUAAUGUUAAUACUGGCAUACUCAUCACAUCACAUUCGAGACGGCAGCAGACGAGGCCUAUGGAUGUAUCCGUUAGGUCACACGGAACCUUUGAACAAAACGGUAUAUUUAUUUUUAACCAUCACGAUACCUAAUGUAUUGGGUUAUGUUACUAAUUGUUACAGUAUUAAUUUAAUGAGAAACAGCGGUGGGGUUAUACAUUUGUGAUCUAGUGUUUAUCUGUUCGGUAUAUUGAGAAUUAAUAAAAAAAAAGGAAGGUUGCUAAUUUUAUAUCACGCGAUUUUAGUUCCUCGUAUAACAUUGGUAUUCCCCCGUGUAACACAAGGAUUUCAUAUCGACGCUUGAAAGGCAAACGUGACUAAGCGACAAUGCGUGAACUUUACAAUAGACUAAUUUAAAGUUGA